UGUUGGCCAGUCACUCUUGCGAUCAACAUCCUCCCUGAGCCUCUGGCUCCCUCCCUUUGCUGCUCCCUUGUUUCUUGUUCUGUUUUCUUCAUCCUUCUUUCAGAGCUAUUUUAUUCCAACUUUCAACACUCCCAACAGUGAUCUACAAACCAGCUCUUCAAGAAAAUGACUUCCAAGAAGAGAGUGGGCUACAAAUGUCGCAUAGCAGGAGUGCUGCUUCUCCUGUUGUCCAGUAUUGCUGCCCUUGUUGCUGUUGCUGUCAUCCAGGACAUCUGGAAGUACAAGGAGUACAACUUGGAGUAUGGCAUAGUGAUAGAUUCAGGUUCGUCUCGUUCCAAUGUGUACCUGUAUGAAUGGCCCGGGGAGAAGGAGAAUGACACAGGAGUGGUGACUGAAAAAAUGAACUGUAAAGUUUCUGGUGUUGCCAUCUCAGAGAUGAAAGUUGACCCACAGAAAGAUGCAGAGACAUGGAAAGGAUUCAAAAUCUGCAUGGAUCUCAUCACCAGCGCCAUUCCCGCUGAAAAGCAACACUCAACAACGCUCUUUCUGGGAGCGACGGCUGGCAUGCGACUGCUUCACGAGAAAGAUGAACAAAGGUCCAAUGAAGUCAUGGAAAGUCUCAGAAAAUACCUGAGUUCACUGCCCUUCAACUUCCAGAAUGCUUCCAUCAUCACUGGUCAAGAAGAAGGGCUGUAUGGGUGGAUCACAGUCAACUACUUGAUGGGAAAUUUCCUGGAAAAAAACCUUUGGAACGCUUAUGUGCGCCCACAGGGGGCAAAAACAGUGGGUUCCAUGGAUCUUGGCGGAGCCUCAACACAGAUUGCCUUUGCUAUCCAGGAACAACGUAACGGGUCUGACUACAUGCAUGUCAAAUUAUAUGGGUACCCCUACAAUGUCUACACACACAGUUUCCUCUGCUAUGGCAAGAAUGAAGCUGAGAAGAGGGUUCUGGACAAAGUGAUCCAGGAAUCAUCUAGCAAGUCUUACAUAAUAAACCCCUGCUUUCCAGAGGGUUUCAAUACUUCUGUGAAAGCUUCGACCGUUUACGACACAGAGUGCACAAAGAAACCAAAAAACUACAAUCCAGAUCAAAAGUUCUUCAUGGUUGGAGGCGCAAACUCAGAAAACUGUGGAAGAUUAGUGAAGUCCAUAUUUGAUUUCAAAACCUGCUCCUCAUCCCAGUGCUCCUUCGACGGGGUCGAGCAGCCACCAGUCACUGGAGAAUUCAUGGCAUAUGCUGGAUUCUACUACACUGCCAGAGCUCUGCUGCUCAACGGCACAUCAGAUCUUGAUCAGUUCAAUGCCUCAGUAGGGAACUUCUGCCACACACACUGGACGUUGCUGAAAAAACAAAAGGACUGGAUCUCUGAAAAAUACCUGAAGACUUUCUGUUACGCAGCUCACUAUGUCCUCACACUCCUGGCGGAUGGAUACAAGUUUGAUGAAGACACCUGGAAAAGCAUUUACUUUGAAAAAGAGGUUAAGACAACAAGCAUCGGCUGGAGUUUGGGCUACAUGCUGAGCAUGUCCAAUAUGAUCCCGUCUGAUGUGAAAGAAAUCUUUCCAAUGACAAACCCUGUCUUUGCUGGCCUGAUCUUUUUAUUUUCAGCGUUAGUCAUUGUAACUUUUGUCAUAGUUUUUAUAUUCCUGGUUCGUACUUGCUACUGAGAAUGUAAAUCACUAAGAGAAUCCCUGAAAGCCUUGUGGGGCAGCUGCAAUGAUCUAGUUUGCUACAGUUGCAUGUGCCGAGGUGUGUGUAGUGAAAGUUAUCCAUCAAAAUGUUUUAUUUUUCAGUUCGAGUCACUGAAUCAGGAUUCAUAGUGUGUGUGCCUGAAAUUUAGGAUUGUAGCUGAAGUUGAACUCUCAACUUUUCAAGAUGAAGUAACUGAUCACCCUUCAGUAGCAUGCAAUGUCACUAAUUUAAAGUUAUUGGGAAGUGAAGGUGUGAAUCAAGCAUAUUUUCCUUCCAUUUCAAAAGCUCUAUCAUGUAUUGUGGUAGUGUCUUUCAGUCUUUGAACAACAUUCACAUGUAAGCUGGUAAAGAGCAGCAAGAAGUGAGAUGGGCAGGAAACACCAAAUUAUUUCAGUACUGAGUAACUAUAAACCUUUCAUAUCAUCCAGCUCAACUUUCAAAGAAAUGUAAUUAGAACAUAGUUCAUCUGUCCAGCAGAUUUAGUUUGCUAAGCUGAUGGGAGCAGGACUCAGACGCCAAACGAAGCAACCCGAUAUUACAGUAUGUCUUUAAUGCAAGCCGUAAUGUUUUUAAACAUUAUCCAAGUAGUUUUAAAUCAGAGCAAAAUAAAACGGAAUGAAUCUGAAAAUGAUAUUUCAAAGUGAAGUUACUUUAUAACAGCAGUAUUUGGGCCGAGAGUGGAACUGGUUUACUUGGCUUAAUGGUGGUGUGUGUAGCUCUGACCUUCCAACCUCCAUGUUGCCUGUUAAUGAGACGCAACAGUGGUGUUGUGACUAUUUUUGCAGUGACACAGUUUUCCUCUGUGUGACUAUUCUGGUCUAGCACAGUGUGAAAGAAAAGAGAAAAUUGAAUUUUUGAACAUGCAUCAAUCAUUUUUUUCAUGUAUAUUUUAACUUUUUUGGUAAAAACAGCUUACAAGGACAGUUCACGCUGCACCUCAGGGAAUCUUUCAAAGAUUUAAGUAACAAUAUAAUUGAAUUUAUUAGACUUUUGACUCAGCAAAGGCCUUAUGAGCAUGAUGAAUGAUGAAUGAAAGGACACCCUGAGAUGUCCAUGUACUUUUUCUUGUUGCACACUGUAUAAUCUCAAGAUUUUCUUCAUCUCAAAAUGAGAUUCUAUAUGCUUAAAACGUGGGUGUUCAAAUGAAACUUUAAGCCAGAGCAUGAACUAUUUACUCACUUGUUGGUUGUGUUUGCUCCUCUAGAAUAUGUGUAAGUGCACUGAAUACAGCUACUUUAUGUACAACAGAACGGCCACAUUUGGUGUAAUGUAGUGUUUUAAACUGUGGAUUCGUUCACUGAAAACAUACUUUAGGUGCCUAACAAAGUACUAGUCUUUUGAAUGAAAAUAUACCCGAUAGAAAAUGCACUGAAUGUGCAAUGUGCCAUUCUUUGAUUGUGAUUUUGCAACUAAGUUGGUGCAUGUUAUGAAAAUACCAUUAGGUACAUUCUGUUCUACUUAGAUUUGACCACAGGAUGGCAUUUCUAUUCUCAAACUGUAGGAUCAGGCUCUAAAAUAAUACAUGAAUCCAUUUUUAAUCAUCAAAAACAAAUGUUUAACAGUCUUCUUUUUUUGUUCUGUCUUGUUUUUUUCCCACAAGAUUUGACCACUUUUAGUCAAACUAAACAAAAACUAACAAACCAGGUAAGACAAGCUGUGAAUAGAGGUAAUGGGAGUUCAUUCUUUUAAUGAUGCUCCCAUCCCGACAUUCAUCGUGGUGUGAUGUAUCUUUACAUUCUUUAUAGUGAUCCUGUAGUAAUAGUUUUUUUUUUUUUUUAUGGUUUAUUUCAGGUAAAGGUAUAUUUCUAUAGAAGUAUAUGUUUAUAAUAACUAUAUGUUGUUCCAUUACUGAAGAUUUUAAUUUGUUUGGAUUACUUAUGCACAACUGAUUAAUCCUUUUUAUUCUAGUGACACAUUAUCCAGAAUGUUUUAAGGGAAAUCUCCAGUAGAAACAGUGUUAUUGUUGUAAUAUGAAGAUGUGUAGCCUUAGAUGAAAGACUUACUUUCAUCCCCACACACUGGUUUAUGUUAAUAGAUUUCUUCUUUCCCCUACUGAUUCCAUUUGAUCAGUUUUAGAACUGAGCCUUAUUGAUACAGUAAAAAAAAUUAUUAACCAACAGGGAACUGGAAAGAAAAUAAUACUGCCACAGUUGUGUGUAAAACACAUGUUAUAGUCCAUUCAAACUAUGUUAAUAAAAGUGUUUUUUUUUUUUAAAUAAAAUUUCUUCAUGAGAUGAUAAUGAAAAGGAGGGGACAACAACAACAACAACAAAAAAAACAUUCCACUAAACCACAAAAGAAGGAGAUUGGCUCAUGGAGCUAACCAACAUAUUUUUGUUAAACAUUUAACAUUUUGAAAAUAUCAAGUUUUACUUGCUAAUAUUCAAGGAAUGUCAUGACACUGGAGAAGGUUUUGCAUGAUUUCAUUUGAUGCACUGCCAUGACUGUUUUGGCAAUGCUUUGAUGAUUAUGUCUUCAUCAGUACAUAAUAAACAACUCUACUAACUGCA